UUCUCCAACCCCCCAUCAGACAGGAGGUAUAUAUACAGGCAGCGCGCGGCUACCUCAGUGUUGACGUUCAUUCAGACCUCGACGGGCAAAAGUACAGCAGAGAUGUUCGGGACAGGUGCGUUGGGUGUGGUGGUGUCGGUGGCGCUGGUGUGGACAGUCUCAGGUCUCCCAGAACACGGUGGGGGUGGUGGUGGCGGCUUCCUGCAGGUAGAUCCCAUCUCUCCAUCUUAUGGCCCGCCGCCCUCUCCCUCGUAUGGUCCACCGCCCAAGGCCCCGGCUUGCUACCCAAAGUACAUCACUAAGACGAUGACGAAGGACGUGCAGGACACGCAGGCUCACUACGCUACCGUCAUCAAGGCACUACCCACUACUCAGUACGCCUACAUCACUGAGACUCUCGUCUACCCCAAGACAAUUAUCCAGUACUCUACCAUGACAGCCUAUGCUGAGCCCAAGAUCUUCACAGAGACCAAGAUCCUCUACGACACUAAGAUGGUAACUGUACCCAUCUACAUGACGGAAUCAGUGUACGGCUACAACACAGCCAAGCAGUACUUCACGGAGACCGCUGCCGUCUACGUCACACUGACGGAGACGCAGAGCUACCCUAUGACUAACACCGUCACCAAAACCGGCUACGAGACUAAAGGCUACUACGUAACACAGACCAAGGUGCAACAGCAGUACGUCACCAUGACCGUCACCAACCCGUACUACGUCACAGAGUACGAAACUCAGUACAAGGAAGAAUAUGUGUACAACACAGUGACGGAGUCCGUGAACCAGUACGUCACCAUGACGGUGUACGCCACAGUGCCCGAGUACCACACUGUCACCAAGUGCUCCACCAUGAUGUACGGCUAUGGUUAUUAAGCCUCUAGCUGCUAUCCGGCUCCGCCCGCCCAUCCACCGCCCGGACAUCUGCUGUAUGCCCGUCGCCCGCCCACCCGGACCACGUGCCCGCCCUCAGGUGAUGCUGGACACCACUUGUGGGCGGCCACUAACAUCUGCCGUGGUCCGUGGCAACCUAAAACACCCGUGUGGUUUGGACCGCCCAUCCUCACCACACACAGGCCACAACAUCGGUCUUUUGUAAAUAACUUUAGUUUAAGUUGCCUAUUUUGAUAUCACAUGUAUAAAUUUAAGUUAAGUAAAGGUAUUUAUGACAA